CCAGAAAGACGUCCGCCGACCCCGGCGCACCAAGCUCCCGCACAGCCAUCGGCGGCGGCACGCCGAGCUCCAAAUCCACCGGCACCGGAGCCUUCGGCAUCAAAGGGACCCGGCAGGAGGCGAAAGUCUACCUCUCCCAGGAAGGGCAAUCAAAGGUCGAAGCAUCGCACCCCACCCUGGCUGAAGAACAUCCGUCACCUCCAGAGGACUACGCGGCUCCUCAUUCCGCGGCUGUCGUUUGCGCGGGUGGUGAGGGAAAUACUGCAGGGUUUGGCCCCCAGUCGCUCCGACUGCUACUACAUGCAGGGGCUCGCCUUGCAGGCGCUACAGGAGGCGUCGGAGGUCUUCGUGAUGAAUUUCCUGUCUGCGAGUUACCAGUGUUCCCUCCACGCCAAGAGAAAGACCCUGAUGAAGCAAGACAUGAUUUUCCUCCAGAACCUCCUCAAGGCCUUCGGCGCCUCCCUCGCCACAUCCUUCUGAAGCCGCCCACUUCCUUCAGACGCCGACGGUGCUCUGUACAUAGCUUCAUUUCUCCGACAUUGUAGAUAGUUUGCUUUUCAUCGUUGCAUUUCCAACACUUUGUUCGCCCCCAAGCUGACAGUGCGGUGGAAGCUUGUCGCCGCACUGUCGGCUCGGGGACGAAUGUGCGGUCGCGGGCCCAAGAGGCAGGAAAGCGCCGCCUCGCAGGUUCGAUCGCAUUUCAGUUUUUUGCGUCCGCGGCCAUGUGCGGACGAAUACAUUCACUCGUCGACAAUCUCACUCUCUUCCUCCUAUCUUUUUAGUGUUUUAACUGUCAACUCGUGCUUUUUGCUUUUCGACGACAAAGUUGCGUUUGCGAUGUUACCGGACAUGCGACCCGCGUUCGCCAACGCGUAAUGUUCCUUUGCGGAGGACGAGCGUUCGGAAGCGUCGCCUCGCAGGUUCGAUCGCGUUCCGGUUUGUUGCGUCCGCGGUUGUGUGUGGAUGAAGUCGUUCACUCAUCGAUAUUCUCACUCUCUUCCUCGCGCCUUUUUAGUGUUUUAACUGUCAACUCGUGCUUUUUGUUUUUCGACGACAAUGUUGCGUUUGCGUUUUUACCGGACACGCAACCCGCAUUCGGAAGCAUGCGACCUGCUCCGACCUGCGGACUGGUGUCAUAUUCUCAAUCGUAAACAACCCUCAAGCUCUAUCGACAACAUUUUUUUCAAUGGUACUGAACUUACCGGAUAUUCUUUAGCAAAUGCCUUUAACGAGCAUUUUAUCAAUAUUGCAAGUAAUGAUGAGACUCUACAUUCUUCUGCUUUUAGCGACAAAAGAAACAAUGACUCCAUAUUUUUAGAGCCGGUGGUCGAACCAGAAGUAAAUUCCAUAAUUUUACAAUUAAACAAUAGUGGAAGCUGUGACGCGGAUGGUAUUCAGAUAAGACCCGUCAAGUACGUUGUUCGCUUGAUAGCGCCGGCGUUAUUUCAUGUUUUUAAUUUCUCUUUAUCCACGAGCGUAUUUCCAAAGAAAAUGCAGAUAGCUAAGGUGUUAGUAUUGCAUAAAAAAGGAAGCGUAAACGAAAUGGGGAAUUAUCGGCCUGUUUCUAUACUCCCAGUUUUCUCUAAAGCUCUCGAAAAAAUACUUUAUACUCGAAUUAUGACGUUUUCAAACAAAUAUAACUUAAUAAAUACCUCACGGUUUGGAUUUAUGAAAAAUAGGUCUACCGAGGCUGCCUUAUUAUCUAUAAACAAAUUUAUUCUCCAAAACUUCGAGAAAAAAAAAACUGGUUCUCGGUGUGUUUGUCGACUUCUCAAAGGCGUUUGACUGCCUUAAUCAUAAAAUACUUCUAGCAAAAUUGGACACUUACGGUUUCCGAGGGCAUGCCUUGCAGCUAAUAAAGUCAUACCUGGAGUAUUGAUUGCAAUACGUUUACUUUGGUGUACUGCAAGGUAGUAUACUGGGUCCCUUUCUCUUUAACAUAUACAUAAAUGACAUAAUCAACAAAGAUUCAGAAGCGAAAUUUGUAAAUUAUGCUGACGACACAAGUAUAUUUUUCUCUGCAGAAAAUACCGACUUAUUAAUUGAUAAGGCAAACCGAAUGCUUUCCGGGUUGAAUUUGUGGAGUACAUAUAAUGCACUUCAAAUAAACACAGAAAAAUCAAAAGCAGUGCUCUUUCGCCCUAAAAAUGAAAUAAUCAACAUUAUGAGAGAUCUUAGUUUAGACUCAGCCGAGAUUGAGAUUGUAAAUUCCUUUAAAAUUCUAGGCGUCAUUUUUUCGGAUAUGUCAUGGGAUGAACAUGUUAACUACAUUAUUACAAAGCUGUCUAGAACUGUCGGCAUGUUAAACCGCCAUUGUUAUACCUUACCGAUACACGUCAAGUUACUAGUUUAUAAUUCCUUGUUCUACUCGCACUUAAAUUAUUGUAAUUUAGUUUGGGGUACCACCACUUCAACGAAUCUUGAAAGGGUUCAUUUGUUACAACAAAAUAAAGCAAUAAGAGCUAUAGCCGAUGUCCCAUUUCAAUCGCAUACAUCCGACCUAUUCAAAAAGUUCCGCAUUAUCAAUGUGCACAUUUUGUAUUCUUACAGGCUCAGUACAAGCCUUAAGAUAGAGCUAAUUAGGAACACAAGCUUCCUACACUCCGCGACAAC